AUGUGGCAGUUACCAGCCUCUGCUUUCUCCACUCAACACACUUCCCUCCCGCAAUAUCCAACCUUCUCUUCCCUUCCUCGACAGACUCUUCCUCAACCUCAUAUCCUUCCACACCCUCAUCCCAGCGACAUGACCUACACGACCAAAGAUACCCACAUGGCCGACAAGAUGGAGAUGAUCAGAAGACUGGCAACACUGGAGACAGAGUUGAGAAUCGAAAGAGAGCAGCAUGCAUUGGCUCAGCAGUGCAUCAGUUAUAUGGCACGCCAGCUCGUCGCACAAAACCAAAGAUCUGCUACGCCAUACCCGAGAGAAGAAACCAACUUCCACAGCAUAAGACUCGAGAGAUAUGAUUGUGCAGCUGAGCCCAGAAUCCAACCCGAAAUCGAGCAGAGAGCAGAACUGAGAAGUGAUGGACAAACAGGAGAUGUUGGAAAGCAAAAGGCCGAUACCGAGGAUCUGCUCACUCAGACUGACGAGGAAAUGCCAGUGGACUCUGUCCAUUCGCCCAGCCUGGUUCCUUUCAAGACACGUCCUGUGCCUGCCGGCCCCAGAACCGAACAGACGUUCAGGACCAAAUGCCUUGCGUUUCUGAAGCGAGAUGAAGUGACUCAAAAGCCAGUCGAUGUCAGCAAGGACACGGAUACAGAAGGUACACUUUUCACAUUCGAGAACAGUGGCGAUCUCUGCAGCGAAGAUCCUCGUCCGAGCGACGGCAGAAAUGCACAACCGCUUCCGGUCCUCGGUGCGCAGGAUGGGAGGAGACAUGAACAAUUUCUCACGCUCAAGAGCCUCUCGAACCGCUAUCAGGACAGCAAAAUCGCCGACAAUGGCAUCUUCGCAUCUAAUUGGGCUACGGCAGAGAAGAAAAUCAUCGAGCCAGAGGUGCAAGAAGACUUGAUGCAGUUUCCUGAAGCUGAUGAAGAAUUCGAGAACACUGUGGUCGAGGAGCCUGAAGUCUUGAUGAAGGAGCAGCUAGAAGAGGCGAACCAAAAGCACGCAGCAGAGCUUCGCAAGAACCAAGCACUGGUCAUGUACGAUCCAGCUCCCAGCGAUGACGCCUUCCGCACUGUACUCGUCACAGACAUACCCAAGGACGUACUGGAGGCAGAUGUGAUGCGUAUGGUCUCGGGAGGCAUCAUUGUCAAGGUGCAGUCGAUGGACACGACCUGGAUAACAAAGGGCAAGACGAUGAUGAUCACAUUCCUGGACGGCAAAGACGCCAGCAACUUCUUGAGAUCUGUGAAAGACAAAGUCGAGCCGAGGUUCAGUCUUCUCAAGAGCCCAAGCUAUCCCGUGCAUGGCUGGGUAUUCGACGACAUUGUUUACAACGGCGUCACACGUUGCUUGGCCAUCCACGGUCUGGGAGGAGACAUUACAAUGGCAGCACUCUGUGCGGCGACACGUCAGCGUGGGCUCAAAUGCGACAGCGUGCUCAAUGCUAGCAGAGACGAGCAGGGAGUGUGCCACCUGGAGUUUACGUCGGUAGCAGCAGCUCUGUCAGGUGUUUGGAUGCUCCAAGACAACCUGUUCAGACGCUUCACAAGGAUCAUACAUGAAGCAGAUCCGUGUGAUUGCAAAAUUCCCGACAUGAAAGCCGAAGAAGGGAUGGAGGAAGAGCGUGAGGUCGAUAUUUCCGAGGACGGCGAGGUCGAAGAAUUGGGAGAUGAAACCGAGGUCGAGAGUGAAACACAGGCAGGAGCAGAAUCGGAGUCGAAGACGUUGGAUGCAGAUGAAAGAGACGCAGAUGGCUGGCCUGUCGGAGGCUUGGAUUACGAUUAG